AUGUUGUCUCCAGCAAAGAUUGGGAUUGCUUUGGCAAUUCUGUCUAUCUGUGGUCUGGGCCAUACAGAAGAGACUAUCACUUCAGAUACUCAUUUUUAUGGCCAGUCUGAGCCCGUCUAUCCUUCUCCAAAGGGCAAGGGAGGUGGGGACUGGGCCGAUGCAUACACAAAGGCAGCAGAGCUAGUCGCUCAACUGACAUUGGAAGAGAAGAAUAAUCUUACCUAUGGAAUCGCAACAACUGAGAAUGGUUGUUCUGGGAACAUCCCAGCUAUCCCUCGACUGGGAUUCACUGGAAUGUGCCUUCAGGAUGCCGGUAAUGGAGUUCGUUUUACCGAUUUUGUCAACAGCUACCCCAGUGGUAUACAUGUUGGAGCGAGCUGGAACAAGACUCUCGCGCACGAUCGUGCCUGGCACAUGGGUGGAGAGUUUAGAAAGAAAGGUGUACAGGUCGCUUUAGGGCCUGUUGUUGGACCCCUGGGGCGAGUGGUAACGGGUGGUCGAAACUGGGAAGGUCCUUCCAAUGAUCCAUACUUGGCUGGUGUGAUGGGAGCCGAAUCCGUCCGAGGUCUCCAAGACCAAGGAGUGAUUUCAAGUGUCAAGCAUUUCAUUGCAAAUGAGCAGGAGCUUUACCGGAACCCCACCCUUGACGCCGAGAACCGGACUGUUGAAUCGAUUUCGAGCAAUAUCGAUGACAAAACAAUGCACGAACUAUACCUUUGGCCAUUCCAAGACGCACUGAAAGCAGGAGCGGCAAACAUUAUGUGCUCUUAUAACCGCGUCAACAACUCUUAUGGCUGCCAGAACAGUAAGACAUUGAAUGGCCUUCUCAAGACUGAGCUUGGUUUUGAAGGAUUCGUCGUUACCGACUGGGAUGCACAGCACGCUGGCGUUGCAGCAGCUAAUGCUGGACUGGAUAUGGCCAUGCCCAAUGGCCAAGCCUUCUGGGGUGACAACUUCACUGAAGCUAUUACCAAUGGAAGUGUCUCAGAAUCUCGCUUAGAUGAUAUGGCCACCAGGAUCAUCGCGUCUUGGUACAAGCUUGGCCAGGAUGAGUCAAGCUACCCUAAGCCUGGAGUUGGAAUGCCUUACAACCUCAGCGAGUCUCACGAUAUCGUCAAUGCGUUGACCAGAGAUGCCAGACCGGUUCUUUUUGAAGGUGCGGUAGAAGGCCAUGUUCUUGUCAAGAACGUCAACAAGGCACUGCCUUUGCAGUCACCAAAAUUGUUAUCUGUGUUUGGAUACGAUGCCAAAGCCCCCGAUGCUUUCAUGCCAAACGGACAGAGCAUCAUUGCCAAUGCUUGGACGAUGGGCUUUGAGCCAGCAAUCUCCCAAUUCUCGGAUCUUGACUUUUUUGGGGCAACUAUUGACCCCCCCCCUACUACAGCCAAGUUGCCUUUAAUGCAACGAGCCUACGAAGAUGGAACGGUUGUGAUGUGGGAUACUUCCGAUGUCCCUGGGUCAACUGGAUUGAUGGAGAUAUCCGACGCAUGCCUUGUCUUCAUCAAUGCGUUCGCGACAGAGUCCGCCGAUCGUGCUGGAGCAUAUGACGACUAUUCUGAUGAGCUUGUGAACCGCGUUGCAAAUACGUGCGCCAACACGGUGGUCGUUAUCCACAACGCCGGCACUCGCUUGGUGGAUCAAUUCGCAGAUCACCCUAAUGUUACUGCUAUCAUCUUCGCACACCUACCCGGCCAAGAUUCUGGCCGAGCUCUUGUUUCUCUGCUAUACGGCGAUGAGAAUUUCAGUGGCAAGCUUCCGUACAGUGUGGCCAAGAACGAAUCCGACUAUGAUAAUUUCAAGCAUGUCGCGGCAGUUGCUCCCUACAAUCUUUUCCCACAAGAUGACUUUGACGAAGGUGUUCUGAUCGACUAUCGCUAUUUUGACGCGAAGAAUAUCGCUCUUCGAUAUGAGUUUGGUUUCGGUCUCUCCUAUACUUCUUUUGAGUUUUCGGGGCUUAAAGUUCCGAGUUCUAUCAAGAAUGGUAUUUCCGCAUAUCCCAGUGGCGCUAUCGAGCAAGGUGGUGCGGUUGAUCUGUGGGAUAUAGUCGCCACGGUCAAGGCUACCGUACGAAACACUGGACAUCGAACAGGCGCGGAGGUUGCCCAGAUCUAUGUUGGUAUCCCCAAUGGGCCCGUGAAGCAGCUUCGUGGGUUCGAAAAGGUCAAGAUCCCGGCGGGUAAAUCCGUUCAAGUAUCUUUCCCUCUCACUCGACGUGAUCUGAGCACUUGGGACGUGGUUGCUCAGAAGUGGCAGUUGCAGAGUGGAAGCUAUGAUAUCUUUGUUGGCUCCUCCAGUCGCAAUCUUCCUCUGAGAAGUACACUAAAUGUUGUGGCUGACCAGAAAUAA